ACAUUCCACUAGUUUGCUUCGUCGCCGCGCGGCGCUGACUUCUCCGCCCCACUCCGCGACGCUCCCCAAUACAAAGAACUCCUCACUAUUGUAAAAAAUCUGUGAUGUAUUGAUUUAUUCCUCCUUUCCCCUAACACAAAAAGUCGCGUACAACAACAACCCAGUGUUCAUAGUGCUGUGAAUUUACACAAAGUGACCAGUUCCGACGCUCUACGGCCGGCCACGUCUCACGGAAUUCCUCAUUUAUCGGUGAAUAGAAUCUGGCUUGCGGACGGCCGAACGAAACAUGGUGGACUCGACCGAACAGCUUUCGUUCGUAGCGCUAUGCAAGUGAAUAUUCUGUGCUUUGUGAACGUUUUUGUGUGUGAUUUCAGUUGUGUUGGCGUUUGUUUUACGCUAAAAAUGGAUCGAAGUGCGUGCAGGAGAAGAUAAAUAGUGCUGUGAGGCGGCGCUUUUGUUGUAGGCUUCGAGCUCCGCCUUCGAUCGGCUCUCGCGAAUUAUGAGAAUAUCUGGUUAGCGAGGACAGUCACAAUGGUCUCCCUCGCCUACCUCGGCCUUCGGCAGACGCCCUGGACCAUCCUCGUGCUCAUAUUCUUCAUAGAAAGCGUAAUGGGAAAUUACGCGAAAUCCUUCUACAUCCACUGGAACACCACAAACAGCAUAUUUAGAAUAGACAACACAGACCACGUAUUCGACUUGAAUAAGGGCAACGCUCAGUUCGAAUACGACCAGGUGAAUAUAAUAUGUCCCGUGUACGCCCCAGGGACCUACGAGGAGGAUACGGAGAAAUACAUAAUUUACAACGUUAGCAAAGAGGAAUACGAUACGUGUAGAAUAACGAAUCCGAACCCCCGAAUUAUAGCGAUAUGUGAUAAGCCGCACAAACUGAUGUUCUUCACGAUCACGUUCAGACCGUUCACGCCUCAGCCGGGCGGGCUGGAGUUCCUGCCGGGGAAGGACUACUACUUCAUCAGCACGUCGAGCAAGGACGACCUGCACCGGCGCAUCGGCGGCCGCUGCCUCAGCCACAACAUGAAGCUUGUCUUCCGUGUGUGCUGCAAGCCGGAGGAGCAGUCGCCUGCGCCGCCGCCGCAGCCCACGCCGCCGCCGCCGCCGCUACCCCCAACCACGCAGCUCACCACCACAACCACCACCACCUUCAAGCCUGUGACCAAGAAGACGCACAAGUACGACAAGUCUCCCAACGAGGUGGUGAAGAGCGAGGAGCUGUCGUACUCGCGGGGAGCGGCGCUGGCGUCGUCUCUGGCGCUGGCGUUGGCGGCGGGCGCGGUGCUGGCGCCGCUGGCACGGUGAAUGUGCGCCCGGGCGGCGCGCCGGCCACGACCCGACCUGCUCGCCAAGCCCUGCCCGGCCCACGCGCCUCAAACCAUUCAUUUGAGGCCUGACACUCUAGUCUUUACGUGAAGUGCAGUGCUGUGAGGUCGAAACUGUGAGGACCGUGAAGGUUCAGUUCUUGGACGACUAUGAGAUUGUUUUAGUGUAGUGAAGGCCUAGGCCUGACUGUGCCCCAGGAUGUGGAUUGUGGAUGACUUUCUAGUGUAAGUACGUAGAUACGACGAUAGCAAGAUAAAAGUUACUAAUUUCAUCGAUCGACUGUAAAGAAAACAUGUUUUGUGAAUAAAUUGAAGUAGGGUUUUUUAAGUGUAGGUCUGACCAGAAUUUUUGAUUUCAAUUACGAAAGUGGUGCCGAAAAGUUAAUUUUGUGAAUAUCAAACGUUUAACUGGACACAAGCUUCUAGUUCCGGGGAUAAAGUUCCAGAUAAGAUACAUUAUAGUCAAUAAGUUGGAACCUGAAUUCAAAAGCCUAACUAACUAAUGUAACAUUUAGAUGUACCUACCAGGCCUACUAUAAAUAAUCGAACUAUAAACCUAUUAUAUACAAUGGUAACGUUCAUUUUAUAUGGAAAAUUGCAACUAUGUAGUUAUAAACUCAGUUAAAUAUAUAUAUAAAAAUGUUAACAUAUAUAAUGGUAAAUUAGGUUUCUUAAAGCUUAGACGUGAACAUUUCUCAUGUCUUUUCAUUAUGGCAAUUGUGGACACCAAAAUUACCAUGAUAUUUCGAUGAGACUAAGCCCAGAUAUUAUAGACAACUAUGCAAACCAAGUUAGCUUCUAAAAAUAAAAAAGUUCAAAAGACAAUUUUAUUUUCCCUACUAUUACUGUAAAUGUUUAAUUUAGAUAUUAUUUUUUAAAAACCCACCGACAAGUUAAAAAUCUUGUCGUGAAACUGUGAUUUUUGCUUUUAUUUAGAAUGUAAAUUUUCUUUUAUGCUUUUUAAUAUGUGAUAAAACACCGUUAUAUUUAUUAUCUCAAAUUGACUGCAUUUUAUUGACUCUUAACGUUUUCGAUCGACUGAAUACGCAUUUGCAAGCUUCGUAUAUAAUUAAUUUACUGUAAAUACUUUAGAAAUAUGAUUCUCAUCAAAAUUUGACAAGUCAUGGUGUCUAGAAUGGAAACUACAAAAAACAAAUUGUAAUUACACUCAAACAAAACUCGAAGCAGAUAACAUGAAUGAAUAACGAUGAGACUUAUAUUUUCGAAGUUAUCAAUCUUCAUCUUGAGAUGAACUCCAUUAAAUCCGUGUUGUAAUUACUAAUCAAGAUCUAUUCUUUAAAGUGAAUAGUCUUGGUAUAUACCAACAAAAUACUCUACAUAUACAGCCAUCUUCUUUAUUAAUUUUAUAGAGAAAAAAGGCUCUAAGUUAAUAAGCACAACCGUGCCAUUUUGCCUCGUUCACCAUAAAAUAUUUCGCAAGAAACGAAAUAUACAUAGUCAAAUAGUUAAAUAGUAGUUUGAAAUAGUGACUGGUUUUCGGUUAAGCCAUACGCAUAUUAGUGACAGCUGAAUAUAUUUAGAUAGAUUUAAGACUGGAUCUUUUGAAGUUCAAGCCAAAUCUAAGCUUUUAGGUAGUGUCUUGGAUAAUAUCUUUUAAUUUAUUUCAUCUUUAAAUAACAAAACCCAAGAACUUUUGAUAACGAAAGAAAUAUCAAGUAUCAUGACAAUCCUACGUAAAAAUAAGAUAUGUGCAUAAAUUAAGGAAAAUACCGGACCCCAUUAAAAGAAUAUUGAUUUGUUUCAACGUUGAAUUAAUGACGCUGUGUCGCCGGUGUAUUUACUUGGCUUCUCUUGUUUUUCGUCGCAACUUCCAGUAAUGGGCAUAAUGUUAAAUAAAAUUUGCGAAACUGCCAAUUAAAAAAUCGAAAUUGUCUUAAAAUCGACAGUAAAAUGAAAGUUUACUGAUUGGACAAAAACACUGACAGUAGUCAAACAGGCGCUGAACAUUAGAAAGUGAUUUACAACAAAACAAAUGAUAUUCUAAUUCAAACAAAAGAUCAAACUAUAAUACAAGACAAACAACGUCGAGCUGACAUUUCAAACAAAGUCCCAGAACACAGAUAAGAUGGACUAAAUGCAUUGUUUUGUAAACAAAAGGGUUAUAAAAACCGUUUCUUUUACGGCCGAAAGCUAUUUGGCCGGGUUGGUUACCUUACGUUUAGACCGUUCAUCUCAACCAUAUGCUGAGUGGAUCUAUUUUCGCUCUAAAGUAAACAGUUAAACGUCUUCUUAAGGGCUUCUCGGUAUGCCUUGACUUUCAUUUAAACAUGUCUUCAAGUUAUUUUGAGACGUCUCGAGCAAAGGGAUAAUCUAACCUGUUCAUAAUGUCCAUGAACGGAAACGGUUUGUAAAAAUUUUAACCAAACAUUUCAGAGAAAUGCGAAUAGUCUAUCAGGUAGCUAAUCUAUUGAAGUUUCUGAAAAAAAGUUUUCGUUCUUAAUGAUGCAUUUUAAGGCUUUAAGAACUUUUAAAAGUUCUUGGGUUUAAAGAGUUUGAAGUAUUAACAAUAUCUGUGCUUGCCACGACUUGUGCAACUAUCUGCUUCUAAAAAGCCAUUGGUUUAUUUUAGUUUUGCAUUAGUGUAUUAUGAGAUUUGUCAUGUGUUAGUUACAUUGAAAAUGGCUGAUAUUAUUCAAAGUAAAACAUUUCCGUCCAACAAAAUGAUUGAAGAUGGUAAUUUAUUAAAAAAAUCACAUUCUUUGCUGUAUUUAUCAAAUCGCCUCUGACAUUAUAUUCAGUAUCAAGUAAUAUAUCACUAAAUGUGACAUCAAAAGAGCUGUCCGUGAUAUAUUCUCAACCUCAAAUUAUGUUGUCAAAUAAA